AUGAGUUCUAAUAUAGUCACAGAGCAACACUACAUUGAGUGUGCCACAUGUAACAACUACUCCACAUUUUACUGCAAUACCUGUCACAAGCGAAUGUGUGAACAGUGCAAAGAGGGUCAUAUCCUUGAAAACGAAAAUAUAAAUCACCAGGUAGUCCAAUAUCAGGAUAGGUUGAGACAAUUACCUAAAGAAAAAUGUCUUUUUCAUCCUGCAAAAUUUUUAGAGAUGUUCUGUGAUGAAUGUCCAGUCCCUAUUUGUUCACAAUGCUUCACCAACAAAGAUCAUGAUGGUCAUCAGAUAUCCGACCUUGAAGUUGUUUAUAAUGAAUGUCUACAGCAAUGCCAGAAAGAACUGGUCAACAUUCGAGAUACCAUUAUUCCUCAAUGUGAAGAGGAAAUUAAGUCACAAGAGAAAAGUAAAGAAAAUGUCAAGAAGAAAACUGCUGAAAUACGAAUAUUGAUGAAUCAGAGAGCUGACGAAAUUAAGAGAGCAGUGAACGCUGUUCUUGUUGAUAACAAUGCCAAAUUGGACAUUACGGAGGCGUCAAUUCUGGGUGAGAUAGUAAAGCAACAGAAAAAAGAAGAAGACUAUAUCUCAUACCUGAACAAAUUGAUUAAGGACCGUUAUAGUGAACUGUCUUCAUGCAAAAUAACCGAAGUUAUCAGGUACAACAAAAAGAAUGAAAACGUUAUUCUCGUGAGAUUUCCGGAAAUAAUUGAACCUGGGCUUCCAAGAUUUGAAGAGAGUGGGGAUAUUGCGAAAGAACUAGAACAAAUGUUUGGUCAUAUAAAACCAUUUGCAGAAGGGAAAGUUUUGAGAGAAGUUAAAAACAUCAAGAAAUCUUUGCAACAAUUCAACUCCAAAUCAGCUCAAAAGCUAAGUAUGGAGCGUUGCUCCUCUUUAACCAAGACACAGUCAUUUACAAUACCUGGACUCAAUGACCUGUCUCAUUUAUCACCAGCUGUUCCAUCAGGCAUAUAUUGGGCAAGUGGUGAUGAUGGAAAUAUCAUUCAAUUUGACUUGCAGGGAAAUAUUCUUCAAAAGGUAUCCACAGGAAAUCAGAGAAAGGGAUACCACUCGAUCACAAAAGAAGACAAUUUGCUUUAUGCAGAUAAUGAAAAUAGAGCCAUAUACAGAAGAAACAGGGAUAUGACCACCACAACACUUGUUACCACAGAAGAUUGGAAGCCUUGGUCAAUCUUCUCUUCUCCGAUCAAUGGAGACAUACUAGUUGGGAUGAAAAAAGAAGAGAAAUGGAAAAUAACCAGGUAUACCAGCAAUGGCAUGAAGUUAAAGGACAUCCAGAAAAAUAAUAAGAGGGAGGACUUAUAUUCAAGUGUAAGCUAUAUCACAGAAAACAUCAAUGGUGACAUUUGUACAUCAGAUUAUGAUGAUGGAAAAGUUCAGGUUGUAACCAGAUCAGGAGAAUAUCGUUUCUCCUAUCGCGGUCAUUUUCUGUUGUUAUUUUUUUCCCCGUCUGCAAUUUGCACAGAUGUUCUUGGAAAUAUCUUGGUGUGUGGUUCUUGUAGACCAUGGCAUCCAUUUGUUGAACAUGGUAUCCAUUUGCUGAACCAGGACGGAAAACUUCUGACUGUUCUGCUCAAAUCGACUUUACGUUCAGAAGAGAUGUGCGCUCUCUGUGUUGAUGAACAAAACAAUCUGAUUGUAGGAAGAGAAAACAGUCCUACAAUCUGUGUUUACAAGUAUCUCAAAGGCAAACGCACGUAG